AUGCGCAGAAGCCUCCCCCGCGGCAGCGGCGGCGGCGAGGGUGUCUCCAGAGCCGGAAGGUAAACGACCUCAGCUGCCGGCGGCCUGACGCCUCCUGGGUUAUGUCGGCCCAGGGUGACUGCGAGUUCCUGGUGCAGCGAGCCCGGGAGCUGGUGCAGCAGGACCUAUGGGCAGCCAAGGCUUGGCUGAUCACAGCCCGCAGCCUCUACCCCGCCGACUUUAACAUCCAGUAUGAGAUGUACACCAUCGAGCGGAAUGCCGAGAGGACCGCCACCGCCGGGAGACUGCUGUACGACAUGUUUGUGAAUUUCCCAGAUCAGCCGGUGGUGUGGAGAGAAAUCAGCAUUAUUACAUCAGCAUUAAGGAACGAUUCACAGGAUAAACAAACCCAAUUUUUAAGAAGUUUAUUUGAAACUCUCCCUGGUCGGGUCCAGUGCGAAAUGUUACUAAAGGUUACAGAACAAUGCUUCAACACGUUGGAACGAUCAGAAAUGUUGCUUCUGCUUUUGAGACGCUUCCCUGAAACAGUGGUGCAGCAUGGGGUUGGCCUUGGGGAAGCAUUAUUAGAGGCUGAAACUAUUGAAGAACAAGAAUCUCCUGUUAACUGCUUUAGAAAAUUAUUUGUUUGUGAUGUCCUUCCUCUAAUAAUUAACAACCAUGAUGUCCGAUUGCCUGCCAAUUUAUUAUAUAAGUACUUGAACAAAGCAGCUGAAUUUUAUAUCAAUUAUGUCACUAGGUCUACUCAAAUAGAGAGUCAGCAUCAAGGUACCCAAGAAGCAUCUGAUUUAAUGUCACCUAGCAAACGGAGCUCUCAGAAGUACAUAAUAGAAGGGCUGACUGAAAAAUCGUCCCAGAUUGUGGACCCUUGGGAGAGGUUGUUUAAGAUUUUAAAUGUUGUUGGAAUGAGAUGUGAAUGGCAGAUGGAUAAAGGAAGACGAAGCUAUGGUGAUAUUUUGCAUAGAAUGAAGGAUCUCUGCAGAUACAUGAACAACUUUGAUAAUGAAGCUCAUGCAAAAUAUAAAAACCAAGUGGUUUAUUCAACUAUGUUGGUCUUCUUUAAGAAUGCAUUCCAGUAUGUCAACAGCAUACAACCAUCUCUGUUCCAAGGUCCUAAUGCCCCAAGCCAAGUUCCACUGGUUCUUCUUGAGGAUGUAUCAAAUGUGUAUGGUGAUGUAGAAAUUGACCGUAACAAACAUAUACAUAAAAAGAGGAAACUAGCUGAGGGAAGAGAAAAAACCAUGAGUUCAGACGACGAAGACUGUUCAGCAAAAGGAAGGAAUCGUCACAUCGUAGUCAAUAAAGCAGAGCUUGCUAACUCCAUUGAAGUGCUCGAGAGCUUUAAGCUAGCCAGGGAGAGCUGGGAGUUGCUCUACUCCCUGGAAUUCCUCGACAAGGAAUUUACAAGAAUUUGUUUGGCCUGGAAGACAGAUACUUGGCUUUGGUUAAGAAUCUUCCUCACUGAUAUGAUCAUCUAUCAGGGUCAAUAUAAAAAAGCAAUAGCCAGCCUGCAUCAUCUAGCAGCUCUCCAGGGGUCGCUUCCUCAGCCGCAGAUCACAGGACAGGGGACCCUGGAGCAUCAGAGGGCACUCAUCCAGCUAGCGACCUGCCACUUUUCUCUAGGGGAGUACAGAAUGACAUGUGAAAAAGUCCUUGAUUUGAUGUGCUACAUGGUACUCCCCAUUCAAGAUGGAGGCAAAUCACAGGAGGAACCCUCAAAAAUAAAGCCCAAAUUUAGAAAAGGUUCAGAUCUGAAGUUGCUGCCUUGUACCAGCAAGGCUAUCAUGCCGUUCUGCCUGCAUCUAAUGCUGGCUUGCUUUAAGCUCCGAGCGUUCGCGGACAGCAGGGACGACAUGGCGCUGGGCCACGUGAUUGUCUUGCUUCAGCAAGAGUGGCCACGGGGAGAGAAUCUUUUCUUGAAAGCUGUCAGUAAGAUUUGCCAACAAGGAAAUUUCCAAUACGAGAAUUUUUUCAACUAUGUUACAAAUAUCGAUAUGCUGGAGGAAUUUGCCUACUUAAGAACUCAGGAAGGUGGGAAAAUUCAUCUGGAAUUACUGCCCAAUCAAGGAAUGCUGAUCAAGCACCACACGGUCACUCGGGGCAUCACCAAGGGCGUGAAGGAGGACUUCCGCCUGGCCAUGGAGCGCCAGGUGUCCCGCUGUGGCGAGAACUUGAUGGUUGUGCUGCACAGGUUCUGCAUCAACGAGAAGAUCUUGCUCCUUCAGACUCUGGCCUGACCGGAGCCCUUUCCACCAGAGGAAAGGCAGCUCCGAGCCGUGGGAUUUUUUGUGAAGACAUAAAGCAUUCAUAAAUGUUGCCGUUACAACUCUUAGAAAGAAGAAAACCUUCUGAGUUCCAACUCCUUGGUUGCUUAAAAGUAGUUCCCAAGAGUCUGAGACGCUAUUUCUAUUUUUCAGAGUCAUUUUUUGUAAUUUUUGUAAAACAAAAGAACCUGUUUUGUAAAUAAAAAUCAUCCUAAGUUUGGGGCUUUUAAAAA